AUGCCAGUCCCCUCCUCGGAGGCGCGCACGUCACGACGUAGGAGCACUGACCGGGGCAGGGGCAGACGCUGCGUACAGAGCCGGCCUUCACCCCAGGGCCUUGUCUGGGUGGAAGUUGUCAGGAUGACUGGCAAGAGCUUACUGCUCAAAGUGAUCCUGUUGGGAGAUGGAGGAGUGGGGAAGUCCUCGUUGAUGAAUCGGUACGUAACGGACCGUUUUGACUCACAGUCCUUUCACACAAUCGGGGUCGAGUUCCUCAAUCGCGACCUGGAGGUGGAUGGACGCUUGGUAACUCUUCAGAUCUGGGACACUGCGGGACAGGAGCGCUUCAAGUCCCUGCGCACCCCUUUCUAUCGUGGCGCUGACUGUUGCCUGCUCACGUUUGCUGUCAAUGAUUUGCAUAGCUUCCAGAACCUCGGCGGUUGGAAAAAAGAGUUCAUGUACUAUUCAGAUGUGAAAGACCCUGAGCACUUUCCCUUUGUGGUGUUGGGCAACAAAGUGGACAUGGAUCAACGAGAAGUGGGAGCGGAGGAGGCCCGAGCCUGGUGCGAGGAGAACGGCUGCUGUCCUUAUUUUGAGACCAGUGCUAAGGACGACACUAACGUCACUGCUGCCUUUGAGGCCGCGGUCCGAGAAGUCCUGGCUGCAGAGGACCAACUGGACCACGCACUGCUUAGUAGCACUAUAGAUCUCCACGGUAACCGAAAAACACCACGCGCAUCUUGCUGCUGA